UGGGAUGGUGCUUAGCGCUCGACGGGGCGGUUUCAAGGAUCCCUUUUUUGGGGGGCUGAGAGGAGGGCGGGGCCGCUGGCGGGGGCCCCCUUGAAACCGACUAAUUGGGAUCGGAGAGGCCGAGGUGAGGGCUGGAGGAAGGCACAAAGGAGUCUCUGGGCGGAGAAGGGAGGGGAGAGGCGAGAGGAGGAGGAAGAAGAGGAGAGAGGGCAAGCAGCGCGCGGUGUCUCCGGCGGCUCAGUCGGACCGCGGCGAGCGAGCCGGCAGGCGCGCCGCCCCCCUCCCCCGCCCGGCCUCCCCAACUCUGCAGCCGCCAGCAAACUUUGCAAAGAGGCGCGGGAGGCGGCAGCGAGGCGGCGGCGGCGGCGGCUGGGAAGGCGCGCGGUCUCGGGACUGGGGGCGGGGGCGGGGGGGCGCCCGGGAGCCGAGUGGGGGGCGGCGGCCAGCAUGCGGCCCCGCAGCGCCCUGCCCCGCCUGCUGCUGCCGCUGCUGCUGCUGCCCGCCGCCGGGCCGGCCCAGUUCCACGGGGAGAAGGGCAUCUCCAUCCCAGACCACGGCUUCUGCCAGCCCAUCUCCAUCCCGCUGUGCACGGACAUCGCCUACAACCAGACCAUCAUGCCCAACCUUCUGGGCCAUACGAACCAGGAGGACGCGGGCCUGGAGGUGCACCAGUUCUACCCGUUGGUGAAGGUGCAGUGCUCCCCCGAACUGCGCUUCUUCUUGUGCUCCAUGUACGCACCCGUGUGCACCGUGCUGGAGCAGGCCAUCCCGCCGUGCCGCUCCAUCUGCGAGCGCGCGCGCCAGGGCUGUGAGGCGCUCAUGAACAAGUUCGGUUUCCAGUGGCCCGAGCGCCUGCGCUGCGAGCACUUUCCGCGCCACGGCGCGGAGCAGAUCUGCGUGGGCCAAAACCACUCCGAAGACGGCACGCCCGCGCUGCUCACUACCGCGCCUCCGCCUGGCCUGCAGCCGGGUGCCGGGGGCACCCCGGGCGGCCCGGGCGGCGGCGGCUCGCCCCCGCGCUACGCCACGCUGGAGCACCCUUUCCACUGCCCGCGCGUCCUCAAGGUGCCAUCCUAUCUCAGCUACAAGUUUCUGGGCGAGCGCGACUGCGCGGCGCCCUGUGAGCCGGCGCGGCCCGACGGCUCCAUGUUCUUCUCUCAGGAGGAGACGCGCUUCGCGCGCCUCUGGAUCCUCACCUGGUCGGUGCUGUGCUGCGCCUCCACCUUCUUCACCGUCACUACCUACCUGGUAGACAUGCAGCGCUUCCGCUACCCGGAGCGACCCAUCAUCUUUCUGUCCGGCUGCUACACUAUGGUCUCGGUGGCCUACAUCGCGGGCUUCGUGCUCCAGGAGCGCGUCGUGUGUAACGAGCGCUUUUCCGAGGACGGCUACCGCACAGUGGUGCAGGGCACCAAGAAGGAGGGCUGCACCAUCCUCUUUAUGAUGCUGUACUUCUUCAGUAUGGCCAGUUCCAUCUGGUGGGUCAUCCUGUCUCUCACCUGGUUCCUGGCGGCGGGCAUGAAGUGGGGCCACGAGGCCAUCGAGGCCAACUCCCAGUACUUCCACCUGGCCGCGUGGGCCGUGCCGGCGGUCAAGACCAUCACUAUCCUGGCCAUGGGCCAGAUUGACGGCGACCUGCUGAGCGGCGUGUGUUUCGUGGGCCUCAACAGCCUGGACCCGCUGCGGGGCUUCGUGCUGGCGCCGCUCUUCGUGUACCUGUUCAUAGGCACGUCCUUUCUCCUGGCUGGUUUCGUGUCACUCUUCCGCAUCCGUACCAUCAUGAAGCACGACGGCACCAAGACGGAGAAGCUGGAGCGGCUCAUGGUGCGCAUCGGCGUCUUCUCGGUGCUCUACACCGUGCCUGCGACCAUCGUCAUCGCCUGCUACUUCUACGAGCAGGCCUUUCGAGAGCACUGGGAGCGCUCGUGGGUGAGCCAGCACUGCAAGAGCCUGGCCAUCCCGUGCCCGGCGCACUACACGCCGCGCAUGUCACCCGACUUCACCGUCUACAUGAUCAAAUACCUCAUGACGCUCAUCGUGGGCAUCACGUCGGGCUUCUGGAUCUGGUCCGGCAAGACGCUGCACUCGUGGAGGAAGUUCUACACCCGUCUCACCAACAGCCGGCACGGCGAGACCACCGUGUGAGGGGGUGUCCCUACGCCGCCGCGCGUCCCCAGGCCACCCGCGCCGCGCUUGCUUCUGCCCGGGGGGGGGCCUCCUACAGACUCCUUAUUUUAUUUUUUUAAAUAAAGAACAAUCGAAACCA